UAGAACACAAUCGUUUAUGGUAUACAUAUAAUAGUGAUCACCGGAAAUGUGGAGCAAAUCAUUCAUUUACAUUACCUGCCUAAUCUCUCUAGGUUUUGGGUGCCCGGGGGGUUGGAUUCCUCAUGGAGACUCUUGUUAUCAUACCUCAAAUGAAGAUGAAUCCUGGAUGGAUGCAAUGAAAAUGUGUGAAUUCCAUGGCGGACACCUUGCACAUAUUAUGGACAGAGACACUAAUGCAUUCAUAGUGUCUCUGCUACAAAAAUCACACAGCUCCUCCUUCUGGAUAGGAGGAUCUGAUUGGACGAUAGAAGGCACAUGGGUAUGGGAACCAAUCGGAUUGAAAUUCAAUUUCACCAAUUUUGCUCAUGGAAGGCCUAACAAUAUGAAUGGGGAAAACUGUCUGUCAAUAAGACUGGCGAACCGUCAAUGGGACGACGAUGAUUGUGAUGAACAUCGGCCAUAUGUCUGUGAAAAAAGGCGAAUCUCUAUAUCCAAGUCUUGUUGGUUGACUGAUUAA